UGUGCAACACCUCUCUCCUCUCCUGUCCUGUCCUUUCCUGUCCUUUCCUGUCCUCCGCACUCCUCUCUCCGCCCGUCUGUCUCUGGGAAACCUGGUUCAUUCCUCGCUGGUGCCGGGCUUCUGUGGAGAGCGUCUCUGGCGGAGCCAUGACUCGGUGCUGUGUGGUCAAGGUGGUGCAGCUGCAGCUCACAGAGAUCCAGAUCCUACCGGUCCAGACUCACCUGGAGAACUCCAAGUUCCACUUGCACCAGAGCCAGAGCCAGCAGGUCAAGCAGUACCUGACGUUGGGUUCCAAGCUGGCUGGGGGCCAAGGCCAGGGCCACACCGCCCCAGGACACCCCCACGCCCCUGGGCAGCCCCUGGGAGCAGUGCCCGUCAUGAGGAACGGACACAUGCCCUCCGUCAGCGAUGGGAGCCCCAACAGUCCUGUCACCCUGCUCACCCUGGCAGCCAGCCACGACAGUGAGUUUCCAAUGGAUGAAGUUAUUGAUGACCUUAUAAGUCUUGAGUCCGGGUUCAAUGAUGGGGGCUUGGAUUGUAUGGAAUCUAACAUCAUGAUGCAAAACAAUGUAUCCCUCAGUGGCAGCAUGCUGGACCUCUAUGGGGGUGAACCAGAACACGACACCAGGGUGAUGGCUAAAGAGAGGCAGAAGAAAGACAACCACAAUUUGAGACCCAGCAAAAGAGCCCUGCGCAAAUGA